GCAUAAUGUCAGCUGAUUAUCUCACAUGACAAACAGUUUCGUUAACUGUAAAAAAAAAAUCAUUCAGACAUUUAUACACUACACGGGAAGAAAGUGUCGUAGCUUACUACAUCAUGUAUGACUAAUAGCGUUUUUUUUCUAGGAUUUGUGCUAAUCUGGUAUCAACACAAAUCGUUGUUCUUUUGACAGGUAUGUAGCUUGCUCAAACAAGGAAUACAGGCAGGACAGUGCAGUACCCAACUCGAUGAGCUGUUGCCUUCAGAGGUUUUUGGAAUUACCGAUUUCAUUAAGUAACAUUAUAGUAUAACAUUGCAGCAAAUAUGGGUCCAGAGGGAAAGACAUUCUUGAACAUCAUCAUUCUGGGCUUUGGUUUCAUGUUCAUGUUUACUGCUUUCCAAACAUGCGGCAAUAUAGAGCAAACUGUGAUUAAGAAUUUCAACAGCACUGAAUUUCAUGGGAGUGGAUACACAAGCAUGGCCAUCAUCUAUGGGGUUUUCUCUGCAUCCAACCUGAUCGCUCCCUCCGUAGUGGCUGUUAUUGGACCCCAACUGUCCAUGUUUUUUAGCGGACUAGUAUACAGCGGAUACAUUGCCAUGUUCAUCCACCCCUUCACUUGGACCUUCUACACAGCCUCUGUGUUUGUUGGAAUAGCGGCUGCAAUAUUGUGGACAGCUCAAGGGAACCUACUUACUAUCAACUCUACAGACGCCACCAUUGGCAGGAAUAGUGGUAUUUUCUGGGCCUUGCUGCAAUUCAGCUUAUUCUUUGGGAACAUAUAUAUUUAUUUUGCUUGGCAGGGUCAUGUGCACAUAACAGACAAGGAUCGUCAGACAGUGUUCAUCUCUCUCACUGUCAUCAGCCUGGUGGGAAGCUUCCUGUUCUUCCUGAUCCAGAGACCGGAGCCAGAGGCCACGCCCUCCGAGGCUUCUGAGUCACUCCCGGCUGAGUCCACAGAGAGCGGCUCACUUGCUGUAUCAACUCCAGGUCUCUGUUCCCAGGCUCUGGAUGCUUUCAAGAAAGCAUUGCAGUUGUCUGUCACUAAAGAAAUGCUACUACUGAGUAUCUCCAUAGCGUACACAGGCCUAGAGCUGACCUUUUUCAGCGGGGUGUAUGGGACAUGUAUAGGAGCCAUGACGCGAUUCGGGGAAGAUGCCAAAAGCCUGAUAGGGCUCUCAGGCAUUUUCAUCGGCAUAGGAGAGAUCCUGGGAGGGGGCGUGUUUGGGAUGCUGAACAAGGCCAACCGGCUUGGGAGGAACCCCAUCGUGCUGCUCGGGAUGAUCACCCACUAUGUGGCCUUCUACCUGAUCUUCCUGAACAUCGCCAGUGAUGCCCCUAUUGCCCCGGAGGAGGGCACCCCUGGGAAGGCUUACCUCACCCCCAGUAUCGAGGUGGCUCUGUUGUGCAGCUUCCUACUGGGCCUGGGGGACAGCUGUUUUAAUACCCAGCUGCUGAGCAUUGUGGGAUUCAUGUUCCGGGAGGACAGCGCUCCUGCCUUUGCGGUCUUUAAGUUUGUCCAGUCCAUCACAGCAGCCCUGGCCUUCUUCUACAGUAACUAUCUCUUCCUGCACUGGCAACUGCUCAUCAUGGUGAUCGUGGGAUUCCUGGGGACACUCUCCUUCUUCGUGGCUGAAUGGAUGGUGGUUAAAAGCAGACGGGACACUGACUAUGACAGCAUAUAGCAGAGUAGCGGGGGGAGGGGUCCACAUUGGGUGGAACUAUUCACAGCUGAGUGGAUCAUUUGGGGCAGGGUCAGGUUAACUCCUUUGCAACCCUGAGCUAUCUUCUGACAGUUUGACAAGCCCACCUCAGCCCCAGGUGAACAGACUGUAGUCGUGCUGUUUUUGCGGCGUCAUCGACAGCUUCAUAGAUUUUUUUUUGCCUUUCAAGUUCAAGAGACACUUCCUUUUGAAUACUAUAUGUUUUACUGUACUUGGAGUGAUCGUUUGUGCACAGGAGACUGGAUUUUUCAUGUUCAUUUUCAUUCUCUAGGCUUUUGUUUCAUUACAGGCAUUCAGGUGGUUGGUUUCAGUGUGCAGUAAUCAUUGAAAUGUUACACAUUUAUUUAAUUUUUUAUUGGCACCAAAGCUAUCAGUCUGAACAAUUAUUUUCUGUUAGUACUUAUUUUCAAGAAAAUGUAUAACAGAUGAUUAAGCCCACAUUGAACACACAUUGGUGAGCUCAGGUUGAGCUGACACAUUUUAAACUGUGUCAUGUAUGUCCACUGCAUCUGAAUGUCUUGUAAGAUGGCAUUUAUCUUAAAGGGAUGAAUUAUCACAAAACCAAAAUGCUAGCUUAUUGAUAAGUGAAAUCCAUUUAAAUAAAUGAUAACGCUGUAAAUGUUAGGCAUUUCUUUGUUGAUAUAUCCAUCACAAUUGCAGAUUGGAAUUAGUCUUACAUGGUUUUUGUCAAAAAGGAUAUCCAAAAGGUAUUACCAAGUCUUGAGGAUGAUGAAAGUGAAUCACAAAAUGUAGACUGGGAUGUUGAUGUUUAAACUUUAAAAGGUUAUAUUGCUCUAUUAAAAUGUCACACUGAACUCAGA